AAGAAAGAAAGAAAAAAAAAAGGAAGGAAAGAAAAAGAAAAACAAGAAAGAAAAAUCCACGGACCAGACAGGUCUCUCAGCUCCCUCUCUUUGUCUGAACAGGAAGAGAAGCGAUGGAACCCCUCUACCAUGCUGGGUCCAUCCUCAUGCAGGUGAACACCUUACAAGGGAAGAAGAUGGUGGAGAGCGGCCUCCAGUCUGGAGACUUCUCCCUCCCUCAGUCCUGGCCUUCCUGCCUCCUGCCCCCGGCCGACCUGGAGCUCCUGCAGCAGAAGGUAGCCGGGGUGCAGCGGGAGCUGGAGGACUUUAAGAAGGAGGCGCUGAAGGCCAUCCGUUACCUGGAGGACGCCUUCUGCGAGAUGAACGGCGAGCUGGCGCAGCAGGAGGAGCAGGCGGCCCGCGUGAAGCAGCGGCUGAGGGAGGAGGAGGACCGGGGCGUCGUGCGCAACAAGGUCCUCACCUUCCUGCUGCCCCGUGAGAAGCAGCUUCGGGAGCACUGCAAGCGGCUGGAGCGCAUGCUGCUGGGCUCCGGCCGGGACGGGCUCGGCGCCCCCAGGAAGAUCCAGACCGACUGA